AUGGUCUCUCACCUUUGCUGUAGUGUUGCCUUCUUGCACUUCUCAACUCACAUUAUGGCCUCCAUUUUUUACAAUAAGUAUCAUUCCCAUGGUUUGAAGGUCGACGGAGUCGUCAACGCGGCUCGGCUGAAUGAACUUGAGAGUCACAUCAAGGAACUGAAGGACGAACGUCAAAGUUGUUGGUGCAAAUCGAUGAAAUUGAAAAAAAAGAAAAAAAUCGUUAAAAAAUUACUUUCAUAA